AGCCUUGUCUUCUACUCAGCUCCCAGUAAGGGAAAGGAAAGAAAGACAGAACCAAGUCAGCCAGGACUGUGGACGGUGAUGGCCCUCAACCAUAGUCGCUCUGUGAAACUGAAUGAUGGGCACUUUAUGCCUGUGCUUGGAUUUGGCACUUUUGCUUCAGAUGAAGUUCCUAAGAGCAAAGCUUGGGAGGCCACCAAAGUGGCUAUUGAUGUGGGUUUCCGUCACAUCGAUGCGGCAUUCUUCUAUCAAAAUGAAGAGGAGGUCGGCAAGGCCCUCCGAGAGAAGAUGGAGAAUGGUACUGUGAAGAGAGCGGACAUAUUCUACACGACCAAGCUUUGGAGUACUUUCCUUCGACCAGAAUUCGUUCAGCCAGCCCUGGAAAAAUCACUGACGAAACUUGGACUGGACUAUGUAGAUCUCUUCAUCAUUCAUUGGCCAGUUGCUAUGAAGUCUGGGGAUGAGAUUCUGCCAAAGGAUGCCAGUGGGAAAAUUAUCUUCGACACAGUGGACCUUCGGGACACAUGGGAGGCCCUGGAGAAGUGUAAAGAUGCGGGUUUAACCAAGUCCAUUGGGGUGUCCAAUUUCAAUCACAAACAGCUGGAGAUGAUCCUGAACAAACCAGGGCUCAAAUACAAGCCCGUCUGCAACCAGGUGGAAUGUCACCCUUACCUCAACCAGAGCAAACUGCUGGAGUUCUGCAAGUCCAAGGACAUUGUCCUAGUUGCCUACAGUGCCCUGGGGUCCCAUAGAGACCCAAACUGGGUGGAAAAGGACAGUCCAUAUCUCUUGGAGGAUCCAAUCUUGAAUGCUGUUGCCAAGAAACACAAGCGAAGUCCAGGCCAGAUUGCCCUGCGCUACCAGGUGCAGCGGGGGGUGGUGGUCCUGGCCAAGAGCUUCAAUGAGAAGAGAAUCAAAGAGAACUUCCAGAUUUUUGAAUUUGAAUUGACUCCAGAAGACAUGAAAGCAAUUGAUGGCCUCAACAGAAAUUUCCGAUAUGCUAAGUUACUCUCUGCUGUUGAUCAUCCUUAUUAUCCAUUUUCUGAAGAAUAUUGACCACGAGCUGUGCACCAUGAGCUCUAAGAAUUUCCUGUCUAAGUGUGUGGAGAGCAUUUCUGUACUUGGUGGAGGUGAUUCAAACCAAUGUCUGUAGUUUCAGGGUGCUCACUUUCCUUUAUUCUCAUUUUCAUUUCUUUUGUAAUUUAUGAAAUAAUAAAGACUUAAAAAUAA